AUGAGCGAACACUCGAGCCUGACCCGCUCGACCACCCCAGGCGGCGGCAGUCUUUCCAACAAGCACCCCGACCACCCCCGCCUGGCGGAUCUGGGAAUUGAUAACGGUAUGUCAACUCCUCUUCUGAUGCUCCUCAGAAGCAUCACCGCAGAAGGCAACACCACCACCCCACUAGCCAUGUCGGACGUUGAGACACCGUCGCCUUCAGUGGACACGAAGCGCCCGGCCGGGCUCAGCGAUGGUCCGAACGCAAGGAGCAAGGCCGUCACUACUGCAGAGGGGACAGAGACCUAUGGUAUGCUCAACCGUCAUCCCGCCGCUUCCAAAACCCCGAACUCCUCCUCCGACUCCUCGGACCCCUUCCAUUUCCGCGUCGGUGUCGCCGAGGACCGCAACAAGCGCUGUCGCCGAGCGAUGGAAGACGCUCACAGCUUCGUGUACGACUUUGCAGCCAUCAAGGGUCAGGGGUACUUUGCUGUUUUCGAUGGACACGCGGGGAAGCAUGCGGCCGAGUGGUGUGGGCAGAACUUUCACGAGUACUUGCUUGAUGCAAUCCUAGCAUCGCCUGACCAGCCCAUCCCAGAUCUCCUAAACCAAACUUUCCAAGUCGUCGACACUCGCAUCUCACGCCUCUCCCAAUCCGCCAAGUCCUCCUCUGGCUCCACCGCCGCCGUCGCUCUGCUCCGAUGCGAGCACGUUACCGACAGCGAGCCGAAAGGCUUCACCAACCCUGGUCUUUCCCCACGCGGCCUCAUGGAGUCCAAAGGCGAGGAAGAGCUCGAAGCGCAGCUGGACGCCGGGGCCGGCGGGGACCGCCGAAACAGCCAAGGCGCCGGCUCGAUGCAGCGCAAACACUCCGGUCGGCGACUCCGGAACUUUGUCCGUGGGCUCACCGGGACCGAGAAGCGUAAUUCGGAUGAGCUGGAGGCGGAGGAAUCGACCGAGGGGCGGGUGGAGGCGAUAGAGGCGAAGGCGGAUAAAGAGAAGGGGGGGAUGAGGCGUGUGCUGUAUACAGCGAAUGUGGGGGAUGCGCGGGCUGUGCUCUGUCGUGGUGGGAGGAGUGUCAGGUUGACGUACGAUCAUAAAGGGAGUGAUACGCAGGAGGCGAAGCGGAUCACCGAUGCGGGCGGGUUUGUGCUCAAUAAUCGGGUCAACGGCGUGCUGGCUGUUACCCGCUCGUUGGGCGAUACGUCGAUGAAGGAGUUUGUGGUCGGCUCGCCGUAUACCACCGAGACUGUCGUGGAUGAGAAUGACGAAUUCUUGAUUGUUGCCUGUGAUGGUCUCUGGGACGUUUGCGACGACCAGACGGCGGUCGACCUCAUCAGGAGCUGCCAAGACCCGCAAGAAGCUGCCAAACGCCUCCUCGAGCACGCCCUCGCCAGCUACUCGACGGAUAACCUCAGCGUCAUGGUCGUGCGAUUCUACCACAAAUAG